AUGGUAUCUUUCAGAACUCUUCAUUUUCCACCAAAAGCAACAUCAAUAAAGAGCAUUAAGAAGGUGUUUGAAGAGAGAAAAUACGGGUAUUUCACGACAAACGACGCCCUGGACGCACUGGAAAGUUCCCAGUAUCUCACUUUGAAAAAUGAUCUCAAGCUUAUAUACAACACCACAAUGAGGACCAUCGAAAACAAAGCCAACAAUGCUGCCCGAAUAAGGAGAAGCUAUGAGGAAAUGGGAUUCAUACCGCCAGUCCUGCAUUUGUCAAGAGAUGAAAAGCCCCUUAGUGAAUCUGCAAUUUGGUCUCAUUUUUCUAAUCUCAAUUUGAAAGCGACCGAGGAAGCCCCCAACUCUCCACAGAGUUUGGUCUGGGCCGAAAAAAACAGCAUAACAUUACCACCCAUUCCGGGAGGUAUGGCAUCGGCGAUAAAAUGGAAUGAAUUCAUCCAGAAGCUAGUAGCUUACAACAUCUUUAAUGCUCGUUCAUCUCAAAGUCAAAUAGAUAAGGCUAUCGGGUCAGCAAUCAAUAGUGCGGGACAUAAACUUACUCUGGUAUCUUUUAACAAGAUUUUACUUCAUUUUUCUCGGAAAUACGACUUAACGACUAUGACAGAGAUACUAGAUUCUAUGACCACGAUUUAUGGUUUAAAGCCCGACAUCCAGACGUAUAACAUUUUUCUCAACACCAUUUUGCGGUCCCGGGCUAAACAUAGAGUCAGAAGAUGCAUAACGAUUUUGAAGAUGAUGAAACAACAAGGUGUUGCCCCGAACAAGUAUACCUGGAAUAUUAUAUGUGGAGGGUUGAAUGAUGUACCUGAAAUCUUACAAUUUCUUCGUCAAUUUUACAGGUUUCAGAUUCCCCUACUAUGUCAAAAAAAUCUCGCAAAAGCUGGUGUCCAGUUCCCGAUAAUCAGAGAGCUUUUUGAUCCAUCCUCCAAUAUUGACUACAAUACCGCAUAUGAUUUGCUGUCGUUCGGUAUCAGGGUAAAACUUCAGGAAGACGGUCAGUUGAGAGAGGCGUUUAUUUACAUGCAACACGUUUGCAGUCAAAGCCAGUCUAAUGAUUAUUCUGCAUUUGUGCUAACUCCAAAAUUCAAUAUUCUAAAGCUUUUCAUGGAUUACAUUUUGUUUGAGUUACAAAAUUUACCUUAUGCAAUAGCAUUUUUGCAGUAUUUCGAAAACUCUUACCCGAGUGUUAUGGAAGUGGAUGACAAUAGAAGUCAAAUAUAUGCAAUUUUAUUGACUUCGAUGAGGCAGUUCGAAGAUUCGCCGAUGUGGGAACCUUUAGUUAGGUAUUUUUUCCAGAGGACGAUCGAUGAUCACGGAAGAACCAUUUUACCUACUAGCGUAAUCUCUCAACUCAAAGAAUUGGGAGAGCAAAAGAUGAAAGAUCAAUUGCAAAGGGACACCGCUGAUACCUUCAAUAUUACUGAUAGUCCGACUUUGGUAGAAAGAAUGACCAUCAACAAAAUCUUCAAGCAACUUCGAUGGCCUGGCUCAGCAUACGGGGAACAACCAAUAUGGGAAUUGGAAAAAAAUGCUCCCUCAUUUCGCCAAGCUUGCAAGAUGCUGGGUUACUUUGGAAAUACGAAAGUAGAUGGCCCUGAGGAAGAGAAUACAAACACAGAAAGCUUUGAUAUUUGGCAGGGUUUCGAACUCCCUACAAGAGAGGCUUUUUACGAUUCACUACCAUUUUCCGUUUCAAGAUCGGAAGGUUUCAAUAAUAACGAUAAAUAA